ACGAUGGGCCGAAAGAAGGCUUACAUACUUUCCUCGACAUGACCAUCGAUUAGAACGCAAACAGGCUCGACCAUUGUAUCCAGAAAGCGCAAGGGCUGGUCAAGCGACUACUGAUCCGAUCUCCUAUGUCAGAAACCGCGGCCUCGGAGGCGGACCAGCCCUGCCCCCUGGGGUAUUGCACCACAGCGGAAAGAUCAGUCCCAGCCGCUGUUCAAGCGCUAUUCUGGAAGACUCGCUUCAUGGAUGUUUCAAAGCCAGACAGCAUGGGAACUUCCACCGGUCGACGAGAGAUAGUAGCCCUGGCAAGCGCCGUGAUUCGUUCCCCAGACGAUGGACUCAUACACCUCGAGUCUCUUGCAUCCUCAGGCUCCGUGAAUCUGAGCAAGAUACUUGCUUGGUGGAAACGCCUGGCGAGACCGAUCACAAUUCUCCAGACCCUGGCCACCAUUGCGAGGCUCUUGCCCAACUUCGGCACCGUACGAUUCAUCCCGUUGGAGGUCCCGCCCCCCAUCAGACUGCGGAAUCGUCAGACGCCCUCGCUCAUCAAAGCAUGGACGGAGCUUGGCCUCCCUUCUGCCCCGGACGGUUCCAUACCUGCUGCGGUAAGCCGAAGAACUCGCGACUUCAAAGCUGACUGCUCCCGGGAACUUGCAAUCCACUGCGAAAUCCAACUUCUCACGCGCUACGAGGCAGAGCCGUCCCAGGCACCCACAUUGGCAUACUUCGGCUGUAGCAAGAAGGCCUGUUUCCUCUGCUAUGAAUUCCUGGCGCUUUCACCGUUGAAACCUGGUGUUCGGGGUAGACAUGGAACUUGCCAUCCAAGCUGGGCUGUUCCUCCCUUGUCCUUGGGUCUCAGAGCCAGUGCUGCAGACGACGGGUUGAGCGAGCUGUGCAAUGUUAUCAAGGGACAGAUCCAGCGGUUUCUAUCACCGGGUCGUCCUCAUUCACCGCCGAAGAUCGUGUGCCAGUCAUCGGCUGUUUCCGAACUGAAAACGGGCGACAUGGUCCAUCUGAGUCAAAUGGCUGCAGAUCGGAAGGCGGCAGAGCAAGCGGCCAAGGAGCUUCGUGAGAGAAUGCAAAUCUUGCUGAAUCCCGCGUGCCUGAGAGGGCAAACGAAGAUCUACUGUCGAGAUAUACGCACACUUUGCGCCAUGUGCCAGUUUCCCGGCGUGCAGUGCACUGGCUGCUACGCAAUUUCGUACUGCAGCAAAAGAUGCCAGGCCAUCGACUGGCCGGCUCACAAGCUCCUCUGCCGGAAGUUUCUUCCCUUCUUGGAGACUCGUCCGUCAGUGAGAUCCCGGGUGGGAAUCUUCUUCCCAAGGAACCAAGACUCUCCGCGUCUCGUCUGGGUUCCCUUCCGCGACACCAACGGCGAGGCACGCCCUGCCAUCUUUGAUCACUUCCUCGGCCCGCUGCUCUCAGACUCACUAAGCUGGACUCUUCCCGUCAAGGUCAACAAAAGACGAGGAUUCGAGUUGGGACACUUGAUGACGAUCUACUACGCUGACUACGACGAGUUCCUCAACAGAUCUGCGCACCGGACUGUGGAAGCGUGUGUUGGUAUGACAGUCCCAACCACCCUCGAAGGCCACUACGUCGUUCUAAGCGGGCCGCCGCUGGGUGGCGCCAACGAGCACGGCGACAUGACGCUGGCAGACUUCCGGCACAUCCUUGACUUCUGGAGUGUGUACUACGACGAAACGAUUUAUAGUACUCCGCGGGAAUGUUAUCCUCAGGGCCUCAAAAUCUGCAGCCCGCUUGAGCGUAGGCUUUAUGGGCACGAGAUGUUCACUCUCGUCUGGGUGGAAUCGAAGUAUGGGUGGUGCAGCACAAGCACUAUCUCGAGCUUGUCAGUGGCACUGGUCGGGUUUGCGGUCAGAGUGUGCGCAGUGAGGGAGACUGAAGCGGAGCGCCAAAGCAACACCGACGUCGAGGGCGGCGAUUGGAAGAAUCCGUACGCAGAGGCGCUUCUGAUUGAAAUAGAUCCAUCUUCAGGGGAAUGGGGCAAGUCCAACAGCAACUCCAUAGAUACCGGAAGUGCUGUUCUCCUGCGGGAGGAUAAACAGGACCUUGAUGCAGAGCUGGCGGAGUGGAUGUGCAGGUAUUGUGUUGGGGACCUACAGCCCCUAUUCGAGAGAUGCCUUAGGGGUGAGGUUUCCCGCUCCGAAGUCCUUGCGGCGAUCUCACAGGAAAGCUUCACUGGAUGGGUGAAAUUGCAAAGAUAGGGACAGCGGGAAGCGAGCGGGAUGCCCUAGGAAGUCUCUACAACACCAAGGCGGUGUAGUUACAGCCAGGUAGGAAUUACUACCGGUGUUCAUAAGCGGGCCAGAACUGCUAGAGUCCCUCAUUUCCGGCAGACGGCCACGCGAUGCUAUCAUUGGGAAGCCAACACCCUUCUCUCCGUCCACCAUCGUGUACUCCUCAGCGAUGCGUGAGGUCUUCUCGUGAACCACCCCACGGAACCUUGCCUUCUCAUCGUCGAGCCAGUCCUUCCAUAUAACCUGAAACGCGUCAG